CGAAAAUUGCCGCUGUUCCCAUUCUCCAUUUCCCAUCUCCUCCCCAUCGCCCGUAGAGAGAGCGCAUGGCACCACCAUCAGUCGACAACGGCUCAGACACCCCUGCUACCAAACGACGGCGCAUUGCUCUAGCAUGCAAUGCUUGUCGUCUACGCAAAUCCAGAUGCGAUGGUACACGUCCGUCAUGCUCAUCAUGUGUUUCUCUUGCCCUGGACUGCCAGUACGAGCCUGGAGACUCGGCUGCCAACGUGAUUGUUCGUAAGCAGUACAUAUCUGAUCUGGAAUCACGUGUCUACAAUGUCGAGCAGGUCGUCCAACGACUCAAUUCUUUCUUUGAAGGCCAUCUCUCUGCCUGUGCUACUGCUACUACCGGCAAUACUGCUGCUGCUGCUCGAUAUCGCCCACCUCUCAAUGCGUCCCCACCAGCACCUUCAUCACCAGCUUUAGAAGAGACCAACGAUGGUAGCCUCCCGCGUGCAACCGGCCUCGAGGAGCCUCAGGAUGAAGAUGCGACCACGAAUGGAAUGGCAAUGGCCUUUGUCGAAGAACACACCUCAGCAUUUUUUGGUGGCUCCUCCAACGUCAACUUCACCCGUCUUCUUCUCAAGGCCGUGAAUCGCAUUCGCAAUCCUGCGCGGCGACAAGGAGCGACUGUGGACCGACAACAUGAACUCAACGAAACUAGCCUUGCCAAAGCCUCCCAGCCCUUCACGAACCCUGUUGCGACAUCGCCAGAUACAGGCCCUAAAGCAAUGACCACUCUUCCGCCAGCAGAAGAGAUGGAUCGCAUGCUUGAUGUGUACUUUAAAACCGCCGGCACAGUCUUUCCUUUCAUCCAUGAAGAAUCGAUGAGGAAGACGUACACAACAUGCAGAGCAAAUAAUUGGACCAGAGUCCGCAGGACCUUCUUAGGCACCCUCAAUGUCAUCUUUGCUACAAUUGCUAGUGCUGACCGGGAUGCAAUACCAUCAGCUCGGGAACGGCAAAAGAAGUCUAAUGUCUUCUUCAAGCGAGCGACAGAUCUCUGCGGCGAACUAUCAAAGCAAGUCAUCAGCAUCGAGAUUGUCCAGUAUCUCGUCCUGGUCGUCAUUCAUUGUCAGGGUGCUCAACGCUCAGUGCAAGCUUGGAAUAUUCUUGGGCUUGCCGUUCGCUCAGCCAUGGCUUUAGGGCUUCACAGCGCUCAGGCCCGUGAAGGCUUUGAUGAAUUGCAGGCCGAGUAUCGUCGACGAACAUGGGUUGUGAUUUACUGCAUGGACAAGGUCCUAAGUGUUGCUUUUGGGCGGCCAGCUAUCAUUCCCGAUGAGUACAUGUUGGACCGGCCAGCAUCAUUGUCUGAGCUUGCUUUGCCGACACCGGAUAGCGCCGGCACAAGUGGUGAUAUUGCUGGCGAUUUUCUGGCUAUUUCUUUUCUACUAUAUCAAAUAAUGAACGGCUCUCUCAAGCAGCAAUACAGCGGGAAUAUCCACAAUGCCGAACCUGAGCCGGAUGAUAUGGUGUCUCUGCAAGCUUCAGGCCAGCUCAGAAAGCAACUCCGCGCAUGGUCAGCAGGCCUCCCACCGUACAUACGACUAUGCGAGUCCAAAGAAAAAAUUCUUUCCGAGAACAGCCAAGUAAAUCGCCUCAGGGCCAUUCUUACACUGAGGUACCACAACAUCAAUAUCUUGAUUCACAGACCAUUCCUUUGCAGCACCAUUCGACACCUUUUUGGCGGCGGCGACCCAGCUUCCGUUGACAACUCCUCCUAUCUCAUCCAACUUGCGAUGGGAGAGGCUCACGAAUGCAUACGGUCAGCACAACACACCAUUGAGCUCGUACAUACCAUAAUUACGGCCGACCCAUCAGGGAACAACAACCUCGGAGUGGCCUACUUUACACUGUACUACGUCUUCACAGCCUCAUUGGUCAUUCUUGGCCGAAUACUUUGGGCACAGCAUGGUCAGGGUGCUGCAGCCGAUGAGACCGCGGUGGCGAUCUGCAAAGUACUCCUAGGACAAGUAGAAACCAUUUUCCAGAUGCUGGAUCAUGACAACAGUCUGGUCUUUAGCUGUUCAAGGUACAUCAACAACAUGUUGGAAGUAUGCACAGCCCAAGAAACAACAGUCCCGGUUCAAAGUGAUGAGGCCAAGAACGCAUCAUCACAUCAACCGCCGUCUUCUUUUGCUCCCAAACAGUUGGAAACGAUGAUGCAUCUUGGAAUGGGAGAUAUGGAGAUGUUCCAGCUCUAUUCAUCGGAAAUAUAUGACCCAGCGCUCUUUGAGGGCUUGGAUGAGUCGUCAGCCGAGGCAACUACUGCAAGGAACACCGACUGGGAAAAUUCGUUUUCCGCCAUGUGAAGCAAUGUACUUGUACAAAUGGGAUUGCAUGGAGUUCGGCGUUGGUUUCAGUUUUGGCUUUUUCAUGCUACACUUCCUGAUACUCAAACCUCUCUAUCACAAGCGAUUAGAAUUAAUAUGAUGACAAAUCCAAUCUAAUGUAAUUUCCAGAGUCGGAUUAGUAAAGCUCAAUCCAGCUUUUUGACAUUUCACUGCAAUUUAAAUCA